AUGGAGCUGUGCGAGCGGUGCGGCUCCAUCUCCCUUGGCGCUCUGAGGCGAGGCCUGCCCGCCAGCCUGGCGUCCCGUCUGGGAGCCAGGCAGGGCAUGGUCUUGCUAGACGACGGCUCUGCUCUGGCUCGAUCGGCAUCAGAAUGCCGAUUGUGCGCCCUCAUUCAGGAGGCUCUGCUUCGUUCAUCGUGCAAUAGCCUUCACGAUCCGCUGGCGAGGCUUUCACUAGCUCCGGAUGCCGUCAUUCUCGAGCCAAAAUCAGAUUCCCAGGGAUCGACGUUCCCUGAUCUACCGACCGGGGGCUCGCACCUGACGGGGUUCAAAGUCUCUGCUACCGAGGCAACCACUGGACGGCUGAUACAGGCCAAGAUCCGGCUCUACACCCAGGGGCAGCGCAAAGGCCCACAUGGCCGUCAUGAUAUCGUAGGCAGGCCCGCACUGAAGAGUCCGGAGUGUGAUGAAGCGGUCUCGUUGCUCAGGAGAUGGGUAGACGCAUGUAAAAGGGAUCAUGCGUGCUGCUGGGAAACCCUUUCAGGAAGUGUCAUUGACGAAUCUCAGCUUCCACAGCUACCCAGCAGAGUCAUUCUUGUUUCUGGGAAUACUGUGAGACUAUUGCCGUCAGAGGGUAGACGAGGAAGAUAUGCAACCCUGAGCCACUGCUGGGGUUCUGCUGGGAGGCAGCCCCUCAAGACCACUCAAGCAAACCUCCAUAGUCAUCUUCAGCACAUUCCUUGGGCUUCGAUUCCCAAAACGUUCCAGGAUGCCAUCACCGUUACCCGCAACAUCGGCCUCGCCUAUGUCUGGAUCGACUCGCUCUGCAUUGUGCAAGAUGACCAUCAGGACUGGGUGAAAGAGUCCAAGCGUAUGGGAUCGAUAUACGAGCAGGCCGAAACCACCAUAGCUGCUUCUCACACUCCUGGUUGCUGGGAAGGGUUCCUCUUCCCUCGUUGUUCACCGCCUGCUUCUGUAAAGAUUCAGAACUUCUUCUCGGGGUGUGAAAAGGACGCAGAAGCAGGCGAUGCGUCCGGGAUACAGGUGUUUGCAACCAUUCGACGUGACACCGCUGCCAACACGUUUCCGGAAUUUGGUGCACUCAAUAGCCGCGCCUGGGCUACCCAGGAGUGGCUCCUGUCCAGGCGCAUCGUUUUCUUCACCAAAGGAGCCAUCAUCUGGUCAUGUAAAGCCAUCACGCAGCGCGAGACAGGCGAGCGAUGUUACAGCGUAUCGCGGAACACACGCUGGAAGAAUGUCGUUGAGCAGUACAGCGACCGCCAAUUGACCUUUGCAACGGACAGGUUGAUUGCACUGGAAGGGCUGCGAAUGGAACUGGGAAAGAAGAUUGCCUGCGAAUAUGCCUUUGGCGUGUGGAAAGAGUCUCUUCCCAACCAACUGCUCUGGCAGGUCACCAGGAGAAUAGAGGGGUCGGCCGUCUCGGAUCCUCUAAAGCUGCCAACCUGGACGUGGGCUCACGUUCCGUGCGGUGUCCGAUAUCUGACUAUUGACAGAGCCAAGAAUCAAUGCGGCUCAAUCGCUUUCAAGGACGGUGACAUGAGACGACUGAGCAUGCAAGCACGAGCAAAACGCGUGUCAAGGGUGUCAAUGGUGAUGGAUUUUCAGAGUGAAGGGCACCCCGUCACUGCAGCCAUUCUCGCGGAUAUAGCAUCAUCCCACGCCAAGUUGACCAGCUCCAUGGCUCAAUUCGUCCUGGACAAAGAUGGCGCCCCUAUCGGAUGGACCGUGUUUGACCUCGCCUCCGAAGAUGCCACCUCUGGAGUAGUUCUGGCUCUCGCUUUGAUGGGCACCAUCAGCCGACGAGACGAGCAAGCUGAGAGACGCCUUGGAACGACUGUGUCCAAGAAGCUUCGACACUACUGGGUGUUGAUGGUGCGGCAAAGGAACGAUGGCAGUUAUUAUAGGAUAGGAGUUGGGAAGACGUAUGGGAUAGAGUGGUGGGAAGAUGCCGAUAUGAAGACGCUUGAGUUGGUGUGA